CAACGACCAAAACUGUCAACCCAUGAUCAGAGACGGAUUAGACAAUAAUAUUUUGUUAGUUAACAAUAGAUCGAACCUUUUCUCUAAACUAGCGUUUAAAUGGACAGGUUUGGAUAAGCCCAUCUCUCAAAAACAGCGGAAGCAGCUUCUGUUCUGUUGUAGAACGAAAUUACAAUGUCUUGUUCAAUUCAUCAGCCAUGGCCAUUGUGCUCUUACUUGACUCCUCCACAGAAGCUUUCUGUUUCUUCUUCAAACCCUAAAUUCCAUAACAGAGUACGUUGUACACUUAUAGAGUCUCUUGCAGAAGCAAACCCUAGUAGCACUGUUGAACCACUCCUCCUUCGUGCUGUUCGGGGAGAAACAGUGCAGAGGCCUCCUGUUUGGCUUAUGAGACAAGCUGGAAGAUAUAUGAAGAGUUAUCGAGAAUUAUGUGAGAAGUAUCCUAUGUUUCGUGAGAGGUCAGAAAAUGUUGAGCUUGCAGUCAGAAUCUCUUUGCAACCCUGGAAAUCUUUCAAACCAGAUGGAGUUAUUUUGUUCUCCGACAUUCUUACUCCUUUGUCAGGAAUGAAUAUUCCUUUUGACAUUAUUAAAGGAAGAGGUCCAGUUAUUUUCAAUCCAAUCAAGACCUUAGGUGAUGUGGCUGAAGUGAGGGAGUUUGUUCCACAAGAAUCUGUGCCAUAUGUUGGUGAGACACUCUCAAUCUUGCGAGAAGAGGUAAAAAAUGAAGCCGCAGUUCUAGGAUUUGUAGGAGCUCCAUUUACACUGGCUUCUUAUGUCAUAGAAGGUGGCUCUUCUAAGCAUUUUGCAAAAAUAAAGCAAAUGGCAUUUCAAUCACCCAAGGUUCUCCAUGCAUUGCUGAAAAUAUUUGCGGAAUCUAUGGUAAAAUAUAUUCAAUAUCAAGCUGACAGUGGAGCUCAAGUGGUUCAGAUUUUUGAUUCCUGGGCAACAGAGCUUAGUCCAGUGGAUUUUGAAGAAUUCAGUCUUCCUUACUUGAAACACAUUGUGGAUUCUGUGAAAAGAACCCAUCCAAGCUUGCCUUUAAUUUUGUAUGCCAGUGGAUCUGGAGGAUUACUGGAAAGGCUUUACUUAUCUGGUGUUGAUGUUAUUAGUCUAGAUUGGAAGGUUGAUAUGACAGAAGCUAGGAAAAGACUGGGAGAAAAUGUUGCAGUGCAGGGAAAUGUGGAUCCUGGUGCACUUUUUGGAUCAAAAGAUUUUAUCAAAAAACGAAUUUAUGAUACAGUGGCUAAAGCUGGGAGAAACAAACAUAUUCUUAAUCUAGGGCAUGGUGUGUUAGUUGGUACACCAGAGGAGAAUGUUGCACAUUUUUUUGAAGUAGCAAAAGGAAUUACAUAUUAGCCAGUGGAAGAAUCAUAUCUUACCAAAAUCAAUAAUGUUUCAUGCGAUGUAUCAUCUGAUUCUGCAUUCCAUGCCCAAGAGAAGCCAAUUCAAAUUCACACAGCAUUCGUUUUAAGCAGAGGUCCAAUACUGUGGGGAUUGGAGAGAGAAGAAAGUUUCCCUGCUUACUGCACAAUUCAAAUCUACAUUUGACAUUGAUUUUUAGUGGCAUCGAGAGCAGUAUCAUUCCAAUCUCCAUCAUAACUGAGAAUUCUCUAGCGAUGGAUUUCAUAAACAUUUUCUUCCUUUCAUCUUACAGUUCCAGAGAAGCAGGGCUUUAUACUACACCCAGUGUAGUUUUUAUUUUAAAAAUUCAGUAAAGGUGAAAAACUGACAUGUAUUAUUUGCCCAACACUUGUAUUUUGUUAUCUCAGAAGUGGUUAAAAUUUGUUACGGUAUGGGUAGACUCAUUUUGUAAUACAUUAAUGUCUUUAUACAAGUUGCAUUCACCAUUUUCUAA